UGCAUUAAUAAAACUGCAUAAAACAUAAGCGAAAUAAAAAUAAAAUCAUAUAUGUACAUAUGUACAUAUAUGAACUUUAUGUAGAAAUAUACACAGCAAAAAGGCACACAUAAAUGUGUCUGCAUGCAUACGGCUAAGAAUCGAAAUGCACUAAAAAAGUAAGAACAUUGGUAACCGUAAUAGCAACGACAAAUCUAUUUCGCUUCACUGGAGCGUUGCGUUGCAGCGGAUUCGUGGUAGCAUUGGCUACAGCACGCAACUAUUGUUAGUUGCUACGCCACACAGCGCUAUAUAGUUGAGGUGCAACGUGCACGCGAUCAACGCUACUACGGCUGACGCUCCCAUAGAUGAUGCUUUCCUAAUGAGAUACAAUAAAAUAGAUUUGAAAUUGGUGCAUUAAAAGCAAUUAGCGCUCCACGAUGGAAUUGAAGGUAUGGGUGGAGGGCAUACAACGGAUUGUAUGUGGCGUUACAGUGAAUACAACAUGUCAGGAUGUGGUUUUCGCGCUGGCGCAUGCCACUGGCAAAGUAGGCCGUUUUACACUAAUAGAACGUUGGCGCAACAAUGAACGCUUGCUGGCGCCGAAUGAAAAUCCGCUUAAGCUAUUGAUAGAAUGGGGUGAAUAUGCCAAUGAUGUGCAAUUUAUACUGCAGCGUUCGGAAAACAAACAACAACAACAGACUACACAACAGCAACAACAAACACUACGGAUGGAAAACUCUGUUGGCAAUAACACUAGCAACAACAAUAAGAAUAACAACAAUACUAAUCCUGCAGCAGCUGUGAUGUUGAGAAAGCCUUUAGGCUUAAGCAAUAACAACAACAAUAAUAAUAAUAGUAUCAGUAGUCAUAGCAAUAGCAACAGCAAUAAUAACAACACGAAUAACAGUAAUUAUAAUCAGCAGCAAACAAAGCCGCUCCACUUGGCUGACCUGGAUACAAAUUUAAAUAUAUCGCCACACUUUGAUAAAACACGUGAAUUGAAGAAGAAGAGUUUUGGUGCCCACGAUGCAAAACUCAUUGAAAAUAUUGGAAUUGUAAAAGGAAUUCCGCAGCGCCCCAAUAAUAAUACUGCAAAUACUAAUAACAGUAAUAUUAUUUCCAACAACCAACACCGAAAUGUGCAACUUCAUAAAUCUUCACCCACACCAACCAAUUCACCACUUUCUCCAAACUCCAUACGCUUCUCUCGCUCACCUAUUUCCUCAACCGACAACAAUAAUUCGUCGCCCCUACCACAGCUUAUACCGCGCCAUGAAAAAUCACAUUCAAACCCCACAGAAAUGUCCAGAUCGCAUACUCAGAAUUUUUCUAGCAAUGCUGGUUUUUUUAAUAGCUCACCGCAGACAAAUGAAGACAGUAACAACAACAAUAACAUUUACCAACAAAUUGGCUCACAAAAUAGCAAAUCAAUUAACGAAAUUAAUUUGGCCGUUGUGCGCGAAUCGCUGGAUCGGCGCAUUGCCGCUGAUAGUCCGGAUGUGCUAUACGCCACGCCACACAGCAAAAGCUUCAUUAGUGGUAGUGGCGUUAGCAAUAAUAACAAUAAUAAUUGCAGCAAUAGCUGUAGCAGCAGCAGCAGUGAAAAUUUGCUCGACAUUUACAAUGGUAAUGUAAAUCGUGCAGGUGGUGUUGGUGUUGGUGGUGACAUUCCGCCAGAUUUGUUGUAUAAAAAUGUACCAACAAUUUCAGCAAAUGGUGCGCUAGUGCCACCGCCAUAUCGCGAUCCACCGCCACCACGCAAUAGUCCAUUGCAGUUACAGCAGCAACAGCCACACCAAUUUCAUGCCCAGCAAAUGUCAGCUGGUGGCAUGGGUACGGUGGCAGUGAAUAAUUGCAUGCAAGAUUACAACAACUCUAACGAUUACGAUGUGGAGUUUCAGCACUUGGGUGGCACUGGUAGCACCGGUAGCACCGGUGUUGGCGCUUGCAGCGGCGGCGGCGGCGGUGGUAGUGGCAGUGUCGGCAGCAUGGAGGAAAGCGAAAGCAUAUUCCAGGCAACGCAAUACAAUGAUUUAAUGCAAUUGAUUAAAUUUCAACGCGAAAAAAUUUCAGCACAACAGCUGGAAUUGACCAAAUACGAUGCUGAGAUAGUUUAUUUGGAAAAUAAAGAACGCGAUCAGGCGCAAGAGCUCGAAGCGAUUUCACGUGAAAUCACCAAAGCCGAUCAAAUUUUUCGACAGGGUAGUGAGCAGCUGCAAACACUACAGUAUGUAGAGGAAGAGAAUGAGCUCGUUAAGCAACAAGAGAAAACUUUAAAAUCUGAAAUUGCUUUGCUGCGCUCUAAAUUGGCUAAUUGUGAAACUGAAUUACUGCAAUGCAAGAAUAAAAUUCGAUUGUUAAUGAACGAUAUUGAGGUAGAACAGCGCAGUAAUGUCACAAAGCAAAAAACGAAUCGUCAAAAUGUUGAGCGUGACUUUCUCAUGGAAAUGGAGCGCAUACAAAGCGAAAUCGAUCAGGCAAUACACAACACAGAUACGUCUAACAAAACAGCAGAGAAUUUGAAAAAAGAAAUUUUACUUAUUGAAAAUGCAAUAACCGAGAAGAAGCGACAGGUAGAGCAAUUGGUGAACGAAAUGAAAGAGGUUAAUUUGCAAAGCCUCACCGUCAACACCUCCGAGGAAAUUAAGCACUUUUUAGAGGGUUCCAACAAACCCGGGAGUAGUCGGCGCAUAAUCGGUUCACCCAGACAGCUGGAGAAUGCAGUACCCACCAGCAAAAAUCCACAUGGUGUUUGGGUUUAAUUUAAAAAUGCGAAAUAGAAAGAGAGGAGAGAGAGGGCUUUUUCGAGGGCUCUUUUGAGAAGUUAAGUGAUGCAUGAAGUCGGCUGCUGUUCUUAAGUAGUAUUUGUGUUGGGCAAAUACACGCUGCUAUUGACAAUGAAUGUGCUAAAUGAGUGAUGAAUAUGCGUGUGGAAAAUACUAAACGUAAAAUUCUUCGAGGAAGUAUUAAACACUCGCCUACAUGAAUAUGUAUAGAUAUAUUCAUAUACCAGCUACUUAUAUAAUGUUUUUUAAAAUUUACUACACAAGCUUGCGCUAACUACAGUCAAACGAGUUACAAACUAACGAACUUUAAGUACUAGAAACAAAUGUUGCAUAUCUGUCAAACAAGGAAAACAAACGAACCAUACAAACAAGCAUAUUUUCAAAUACAUACCUAACUAUUUUAAAGCAAUCAUAUGAAUUAUAUAUCAUACAAUAUUUUAAUAAUGUACUUAACAAAAAAAAAGUUGUAUGAUGGCAAACAUUAUGUAAUAUAUACAUACAUAUGUAUGCAGAUGAUACAUUUUGAUGCUUAGUAAAAGCUCUUAAUCAAAGAUCUCUAUUGAAACUUUAAAUGUUACAAAACCGUUAAAGGUACACACAUACAUAACUUUUUAUUAGAAAUUGAAUACCCAUUUAUAAAUUUUAAUGUUAAAUAAUAAGCUAAUGAAAAUCAUGAAAGACAUUUUCUAUGCGUAAAUUUAAUUUAAAGUGACUACAGCUCUGCUCUAAAAAUUAUGAAAAAAUUGUCAAUAGUCACAAGUGUUUUAGUUUCAACUAAUUAUAAACAUAUGUAUAUGUAUAUGUUUAAAAAUUAUAAAGAAAAAGACGACAACACAACCGCAUACAUUCCAUAGUUGCGUAGAGUUUUGCAACAAUCGCUGUUACUUUGUUUUGAUUUUUUUCUUGCUUAGACUGUUCAUAAAUUUUAAUAUUUUUUAUAGUUCAUAUUAAAAACAUUUUGGAGUGGAAAUUUACCACCACACACUUAAAAUUUAUCAUUCCCAUUGUUGCUAUAUGCAUAAAAAAAAAAAAUUGUUGAUUUAAUUUAAGCGUAUAAGUUUAAAAAUUUUCGUAUUGUGUUACUUAGCUAAAGUAAGCUUUCGAAAGCUAGUUUCCUGGAGCAUUAUGAUUAAAUUAAAGCUGUCAAUUGUUUUUAUUAGCUAAGCAACUUUUAUCUUUUUUAUAGCAAAAUACUUUUUUACGAAACAAUUGUGUGAAAUAUGUACAUAUGUAACUACAUAUGAUGAAAUUAAAGUUUUUACACCGCGUGCUGUUAGACAAGUACUUAGCAUUAUUUUGCAAUAAGUUUAUUGUGCUCUUUUAUAUAAAUUAGGUAGAUUAACUUUUCUUUGAAAAAGUAGUUAGUUUUUUUUUAUAAAAUUUUAAAUAUUUGUAGCCACAAGGAAUUU